GAACGUCAAGGACAUUAGUGUGUCGGUAGUGUGUCGGUUUAGCUUAAAAACAGUAGCAAUAGUUCUGGUAGUUUAAAUGUGCAGUUAACACAAAAGCUAGCUAGUCGAAACUCGUCUAUUAAGCAAUUUUAGAGCACUUGAGGGAAAGUAUGAGGGAUUUGAGUUGUUUUAAGUUUAGAUGCCUCAAAAUUACUUCUAUAUCUCUCUCCUGAUGUUUUUAGUAGGAAACUGUUGAAUUUUCUCAAAACUUUUACACUGCAGUGAGCCAUGCAUGCCUCAACAUUUUUCUGUCAGGCGCCUCAUUUGGAUCGCAAAACGAAGAGGUUUAACGGGUCAUGCAUGUUUGGUCUUCUGCUGUUAGAAAAUUAUGUACAUAUAUACCUUUUUAGGUUUAUAUGGAUUGUUAUUUACUGAGAGUAAGUGUUUACUAUUCCUUCAGGAUGAAAUGUUACACAGUAGAUAUUAUCCCAGCGUACGGCAAUGCUAAACUAUUUGUGAACUAUAUGUAAGUGGUGCAAUUCAAUAUGGGUGUUUUUUCUAUUGAGCAAAAACUAAUAUGUACUGAAUUAAUGACUAUCUGAUGCAACCCGUUCUGAAAAAUGCUACUCAUUUUGCACCUACGUUGUUUUUGCUGUCUCCAGUUAUUUGCGAUGGUAUUAUGAUGUGGAUCGCCAGUCAUUGAUUAAGCCAUCCACGGUUUACUCAUUAUUUCACCACCGUUGGUUAGUCACUCCCGCAUAGCCGAUCUCAGUAGCCAGUAAGAGCAGAGUUCUUGAGAUUUUUGUUUCUUUCCUUUCUGCUUUUCCUUUCUGCAAUUCAGCGAGUGGUACUCAUUUCAUGUUAUGACUGCAUCCUACUGUGUAACAACCGGUGGUACUACUUGUUUUUAAUUACUUGUUGCAUAAAUCAUUUACUUCAUUUCUUGAACUGUAACAAGACCGACAAUAUUUAGGCUCACUGUUGUCGAAAAAAUGGAUGAUAUCUUUUGCAGUUUACCGAGUCAUUUGAAUUCAAGUAUGCUUUCACGCUGUUUGUGACCGUUCAUCAUUAAAGUUUGUCACAUUGUCUUUUGUUCUGUUUUGUUUCACAGGUUAGAUUGAUAUGUCCGAAACUGUUGAAUGUCAUUUUUGCAAAAGCAAGUUUUCCGACCAUGCGGAAUAUUGGAAGCAUGUCUACGAGGAGGACUGUACCGCUCCACAUAAGGAGAUAAGUCUCUCUACUAGUGAUUACAACACAAAUAUUCAGAAAUCAAAUUAUGAUGUUUCCAGAAUACGUGACAACUUACAGGUUCCAAAUGGACACUCUAGUGAAAUCAAUUUUUACACUAGGUCAACAACAUAUAAUGGUAGUGAAAAGUCAGUUAAGGAAGAUAAAACUAACCGUGUUUAUUGUUCUAUAUGCGAAAUAUAUAUGAGACCACGUGAUGUAAUGAAUCACGAAAGCGGGAAGAAGCAUCUAAAGAGGGCAGGCGCUUUGAGUUUAAAUGCAUGUAGACCUGAUGUGUUUCAGUAUAUUGCAGAAAGCUAUUUGAAUACUAAUUACCCAACAAGUAAUCAUGUACAGUGCCUUAGUGAAUCCGGAGAAAGUAGCGUUUCCAAGUCUCAGAAUCUACCAAGAAAUGUAGUUCAGACGCAGAAAUGCGAUAUCGAUUCCGAAUAUAUUGAAGAUGAAGCUAUGCGUGAGUUGGUCGAAAAACGGUGCAAAGAUGUUUCAAAUGAAAUAACUGUCAAGUCAGUGUUACGUAGAAUGUGCAUGAUUGGAAUUUCAUCUCAGCUAACUGAGAUUAUUGGGGAUGGGGAUCAAAACAAUGACUUCCUUUCGCAAUUAAUGAUAAAAUGUCGAAAUGACUUAAAUGCUCUUUUACAUCAUGAAAUACCUAUUCCUUGGACCUGUCCAAAGUCGAAUUCACAGGCCAAUGGCACAUCAAAACAUAAGACUGAUCAUAGUCAUAAUAUGUCGUUUGAUCACCUCUUAUUAUGGAUUAAACAACUUCAUAUUUUGGAGAACGGUUAGAUUAACUCAGUGAUGUAUUUGUAUAGAUUUUAUAUCUGAGUUUUCAGAUAUAAUGAGUUAUAAAAAUGCAAGUGUUUAUUUAUUAAAA